AUGGAACCAGAUAUUAUUCGAAUGUACUCCUCAUCCCCUCCACCACUAGACAAUGGAGCUGAUGAUGAUGAUGAAGAUGAAUUUGGAGGAUUUUCUGGUGUAAGCACUGCUGGAGUAGCUUUUCCUGAUUUUGAUACACCAGACUACAGUCAUCCAAAGGAAGAGUUUAUACCCACAAAUCAUUUCAUCCCACUCCAUGAUUAUUCUGACAAUGUAGCUAGCAUUGCAACUUUCACAUCUGUUAAAAAUGUUAAAGACUGCGUUGCAGAGCUUCCUACUCUUACUAAGGAACUUUCUGAUAUGCCAGCUACAAAUACCAGCAAAGAAAAAUCCAAGUUUAGAACUUCAGGUACUGCUUCAGAAGAUGUAAGCAAAAGAGGCACUGGGAAAUCAGAGGGUUUUUCUUCUUGUGUUAUUAGAACUGGUACAGCAGUUGAGAGCCAGGAUGAGCAAAUAGAUGCUUGCAAUGGUGAGAAAAUUCCAUGUCUAGAGAUUCUAACAAAUGGAUUUGCAGCAUUAGACCCUGCAAAUCCUCAGGGAACAGAUGAUCUAGACAGUGUCAGUGAUUCAAAGGGACUGAAAACUUUUAGCACGUAUAGUACUGAGCAAAAUUUGAACUCAAUGCCUAGCUCAGGUGAAGACUUUGCAGAUUUUGCUUCAUUCUCAAGCAAAAAGCCAAUCCAUUUAGAGGGAACUGGACCUACAAUAUGCAGUGUUCUUCAUGAAAGAGACUCUCUGAGCGUUCAGGAGAACAACAGAAUAAACAGAGUAACUCAUAUUGAAGAAGAAGUUUGUGUUUCAGAAAUUAGCUGUGAACAGGGCCCCUCAGCACUGGAAGAUAAUGAAUUUGCAAUUUCUAGUAAGUCUCAAGUAACUGGAAGUUCAAUAUGCACUACUGAAAAUGGAGAACACAAUGGAAGGAGAAGACAAUAUGGCACAGAGAAUGGCAAAGGUCUUACUACACCUGAUGGCUCUUCAGGAACAGAGAGCAUCAAGGUUGAUAAGAUCCAAAGCCUAAGCUGUGAUCUUGCAGGAGAAAAAUUGGAUAAUUCUGAAGAUCUUAACAAUGGUGAAAGUAGUACUGUAGUAGUAGCUUGCAGUGACACACACGAUGAUGAUGAUUUUGGUGAUUUUGGCUCAGUCAGCAGUGCAUCUCCCACCUUCGUUAACGCUCAAGAAUCAAUAAAUGCUCUAGAUCUAGAAGGACCUUCCAAACAGCCCGCACACAUUAGUGAGCCUAAUGAUGAGUUUGGUGAAUUCAGGGACACAAGUACUGUUUCUCAGCAGCCAGCAAGGUUGGAUCAUGCUGAACUAAAUCAGACUGCUGACACUUUAGAAUGUGAUACUACCAGUAAAACUUCUGGCUUAGACUUCCAGCAUACUACUGAGGUAGAAAAUGGUGAUGACAGUGAAUUUGGAGACUUCGAUUCAGUGCCAAAACCUCAAGAUGAGAGUGUUGCUUUUCAGGACUGUGACGACUUUGCAGACUUCAGGUCAGCAGGUUGUAACCAGGCUACAGACUGGAAUGCUUUUGAAGAUGAACAAAAAGACAGCUGUUCUUGGGCUGCCUUUGGAGAUGAGCAAGUUGGUGAAUCUCAUCACAGAAAAGAGACAUGGCAGUCACAUAGGACAGAUGCAUCUGCCAGGAUUGAUGGUCCAGUAUUACACAAGACUGACAGUUUUGCUUUAGCAUCUUCCCAAGGAACUACCAGUAGCCAAUCUCAAGAGCCAGCACCUUCAGUUCAGACAACAUUACUAAGUCGUCUGGAACGAAUAUUUGAAGUCUGUUUUCCUUCCAUGCCUGUUCUUGAAAUUGAAGAAGAAAUAAGUUCCUUGAAUCAUUUGUUGGAAGCAGGUGAAAAGCAGAUGACAACCGAGGAGACCUUAUCAAAUACUGGGGAACUGAUGGAUGUGUGGACAGAGCUGCAGGAUAUCCAUGAUGCAUAUGGACUGAGAUAUCAGUGGGGUGGCUCCCACAGCAACAAAAAGCUUUUGUGCUCCUUGGGAAUCGACACAAGAAAUAUUCUCUUUACAGGCAACAAGAAACAGCCUGUUAUAGUACCCAUGUAUGCAGCAGGACUG